CCCUGUUGUGAGGUUGAUUACUUUUGAGCCGGUAAAGCCCAGGGGAGUGACAAGGAAUGAGAUCAUCGUUUCAUCCGAUCUUAGACUUCUUCAUUGAAGCAAAUUUACACCACAGCCCAGCACCCAGGGGAGCUCGGUUAAAUGCACCAAGGGCAGCGUUUCAUAGGCAAGGAAGAAGUCGUGACGGAAGUGGAUGGCUUCUAUCAAAGAGAAACGUUUGAUCCGGAAGAAAAGUACAAGAUGGACCACAAGAGGCGAGGCGUCGCGCUCAUCUUCAAUCACGAGCACUUCUUCUGGCGCCUCGGGCUGCCACCCCGGCGGGGCACCUGCGCGGACAGGGACAACCUCACCCGCAGGCUUUCAGAUCUAGGAUUCGAAGUGAAAUGCUUCAACGACCUCAAAGCGGAAGAAGUCCUGGAGAAAAUCUACGAAGUGUCCACCUCUAGCCACGCGGAUGCCGACUGCUUCCUGUGCGUCUUCCUGAGCCACGGCGAAGGCAACCACAUCUACGCGCAUAAUGCUAUAAUUGAGAUCUCCUACCUGACUGAACUGUUCAAAGGGGACAAGUGUCAGAGCCUUGUGGGAAAACCCAAAAUCUUUAUCAUUCAGGCGUGUCGGGGAGACAAGCACGACGUCCCCGUGUCGCCUAUGGACCAAGUGGACUCCAAGCCGGUGGCCGGCACGACGGAGGUGGAGGUGGACGCGGCCUCAGUGUACACGCUGCCCGCUGGUGCCGACUUCCUCAUGUGCUACUCGGUGGCAGAAGGCUACUACUCCCACCGGGAGACGGUCAACGGCUCGUGGUACAUCCAGGACCUGUGCGCCACGCUGGCCGAGUUCGGGGCCUCCCUGGAGUUCACGGAGCUGCUGACGCUGGUCAACAGGAAGGUGUCGCGGCGCAGCGUGGACGUCUGCCAGGACCGCAGCGCCAUCGGCAAGAAGCAGGUACCCUGCUUUGCCUCCAUGCUCACCAAGAAGCUGCAUUUCUUCCCCAAGUCUCAGUGACAGGCGCUUCCUGUCCUGUGUGCGCAGACACGCGACUGUCCGCCCCGGAACCGGGGUGCGGAGCCCAGGCAGAAGCGCGGGGCGGAGGGGGUGCUAGAUCUGGACGAAUCCUCAGGAAAUCUCUCAGUAACCAUCCUGCAAGCGUUUAUAAUACUUGAUUUUUAAUACGGUAAAUCCCAAGGUGACUUGAAAUCUUUGGCGAAUUUAACUUCAUUUUGUGACAGUUUUUAUAAAUGCUUAUGUGGUUCUAAAUGUUUUAUUAAAUUUGUCUUUCAUCUCCCUCAGCCUUGUGUUCUGAGCCACACGGUUGAUAAAUUAGCCCCUUCGUGUGCACUCAGGCCGCCUGGUGUGCUGCGGCUGUUCCAGGACAGACGCAAGGCCCAGGGAGGCCGACUGGACCGCAGGGAUGGCCCAGCGCUGGCUCCGCAACAGCCGCCUGAGCAGCGUGGACCCGGGAAGGCUCGCUGGGGCGUUGUGUGUGGAGGUGUGGGGAGUGGGGUGGAGCUGUGCAGGGACUGCAGGGCCCCUUCCGUCCAGACACAGGACUCUGAUACCCUGUGUCGCCCUCCAGUGGGGGAAGGCCUAGGGCAGCAAAGGUAAGACCUGGUGACAGGCGCGCGCGCGCCU